CCACAGAGCUAGCUACUGUUAUUGUUUACGGUUUGCAUGAAAGUAGGUCACGAAAAAGCCAAGCUAGUCAGCCAUCCAUUCGCUUCUCCUCCACUAAACACUUGUCAGCAUCAGGUGUCUUCAAUGAACAACGUCUCUGCGAGUGUCGCCCUCAAUUCCUCUUGGAUGUCGGCUCUGAACAACAGGAGCUGGACUGGUUGGAACUGAACUUGGACUUGGGCUCCUCUACAGGUGACGUCUGGUGUUGCCAUGUCCAGGCGAAGCAGGAAUAGUCGAGCUUGGCGUUAUGUUUGGAGCGGAAUACGGCGGGAUGCUGAUGCCCGGGCACUCGUGUUGGCCUCUGAGAGUGACGAAUGGGUCUAUGACCGCUUACAGUACAGUGACUCAGACUCCGAGGCAGACUAUCCAGCGGUGGUAGUUCCUCCAGUUCCCAGUGCUGUGCCUGUCACCGGAGAGUCCUACUGUGGCUGUGAUUCUCAGGUUGAGAGCAGCUACAACCCCCGCCUUCGCGGCUUUCAUCGAGUUAAAGAUUGCCACUGUGGAGAAGAUGAUCAAGAUUUUGACUGGGUUUGGGAUGUGAACAGCCGAUCCACAGCAACAUUACUGAGCUGCGACAAUCGCAAAGUGAACUUUCACACUGACUACAGCUGUGGUACAGCUGCAAUCCGUGGCUCCAAGGAGCUUGCUGAUGGACAGCACUUCUGGGAGAUCAAGAUGACGUCCCCGGUGUAUGGAACAGACAUGAUGGUUGGCAUUGGCACUUCUGAUGUCAACCUGGACAAGUACAGACAUACGUUCUGCAGCCUGCUGGGAAAAGACGCAGACAGCUGGGGUCUUUCUUACACUGGGUUGUUGCACCAUAAAGGAGACAAGACGAAUUUCUCGUCCCGGUUUGGUCAGGGAUCCAUCAUUGGGAUGCAUCUGGACACCUGGCACGGCACACUUACUUUCUUCAAGAAUCGCAAGUGUAUAGGUGUUGCUGCCACUGAGUUGCAGAAUAAGAAGUUUUACCCGAUGGCAUGCUCCACAGCAGCUAAAAGCAGCAUGAAGGUGAUCAGGUCCUGCUUUGCGGCCACCUCUCUGCAGUACCUGUGCUGUGCUCGCCUGCGCCAGCUGCUGCCUGACUGUACAGAUACCCUGGAUGUGUUGCCCCUCCCACCAGGCCUUCGUCAGUUGCUGCACAACAAGCUGGGUUGGGUGCUCAGUCUCAAUAACGGCACCACAGAAGAAAGCCCAGAUGGACCCGAGCGGUCCCCACAUCUGUCUGUCCCCGCUUUGGCGGGACCCUCGUCCUCAGAGAGCGACUCUGAAGGUUGUACCUCUGACCCCGAGGCCUGCCAGAGGAAGAGGUGCCGCUGGACAUGACCGGACAGUUCGACUCUCACCAUCUUCUUAAACACUGACAGACUUGACUCUGCCCCCAAGGCGUUCACUCUACUGUUACACACCUGCCACAGUUUUUCCAUUAUACUUGUACAAAUUAUGUCAGAGUAAAGAACCAGGACUGGUUGGGCAGAGGGAGUGGUAGGUGGAGAAAGGAAAAAAUGAUGGCAGUUAAUGUACCUGCACAUUUCCUGUGUGAUGUUUUCUUAUGCCAUUUGAAAUCGUUCAAAUGUCUUCAUGCUCAUCACACACUGUAUCCAAGCCAGCUUCAGUAAUAAGAAAAAGGAUAAGCAAAAAAAAAAAAACCUCACUGGUUUGUCAGCCAGCAUAGUGUGCAGAUCACUCACCAUUCAAAACCUUGGAUACUUGUAUUAUUUGGAAAUGGAUUGUAUGUAGGGUCCUUUGAUUUCUGAGAUGCAGAAAACAUGGAAAAACAUGGCCUACUAUUAUCAAUGUUUUUUUUUUUUUCGCCCACAGCGCCUCAUCCCCUUGUCCACACGCACACACAGAAAGAGGGAGGAGCAUGUUAGUAAGAAGAGCUCCUCACUUCAACAAACUCACAGCAGUGCAACCACGUCAGCAGUUUUAUAACUAUUGAAGCACUUUCUUUGAUUUAAAAAAAAAAAAAAUAGUGUUGUGUUACAAAUUCAUUAAUAUUCUUUAAAUUUUUAAAUAGUUUCUUAUUGAAAUUUUAUUAAUCCGCCACAUAAAAACAGAAACAAAAUCUGGAAAAAAAGAAAACGGAUUUCAUAGGGCCCUAGGUGUGUGCGACCCUGAGGUGGAGGAUUACGGCCAAAUCUUAUUGCACAUCGUGGUAUAUAUGCAAAAAGGAUAUGGAAUCAAGGUUUCUAGAAACUAGAUGCUGUAUAGCUUCACUCAGUGUUGUUGUUUUGAAUGGAAAUGGUCUAAACUGUUCUCUGCCAUAAUGCAAGCAAAGCAUUACUUAAAUGAUCUGUUUCUGUGUCUAUUUGUGUCAAUAAUUCCUUUAGGUUGCCAAAGCAGGAAUUCCAGUGGGACACUGGCACACGACUGGCACAGAGGACGUAACAUGGCGUAGGUCAUAGUUUAUUUCUUGUUGGUCAAGCAGAACCUCCUCUGAAGCUGAAAAUGUCAAAACAUUCAGAUGGAUCUGCAACCUUAGAAAUGUUACAAGGAGUUUGUAUUACUCUCCAUACUUUGCAGCUUGUUGUCCUAAUAACAUGAGCGUAUUGUUUUGUCUUCUGUCUUGCGAUGGACCAUCCUCCGUUUCCAGGAAACACAUACACCUCUGACAGCUUAAUCGGAGAAUAAAUGCUUUUCUUUUUUUUACUGCAACAAGCUAAAACAAGGACAAAACAAGUCAAAUGUGCUUUGUUACACUCAUGAUGCAGCUAUGACUAUAGAUUACAUUUGGUUUUGAGGUCUUGAUCAGACUCUCUACAUCGUAUCCAUCUGCCACCAGCUUUGGAGAAACCUCUGCCAAUCCCUUAUACCGGCUACUUGUUUGUAGAUGCUGUGGAUUUUUUUGUAAGAUGUAAGCAGUAUAUUCUUCAGUGUAGCUCUUCAGAAGUCUUACCAAAAAAAAAAACAACAAAAAAAAAACAAUCAAAUAUGCCACUCCAGAUUUUUGUAACAUCUCUUGCCGCUUUCUAAACAAUCCACCUUUUUUUCUUUUAUGUUUUUUUAAUGAAACCAAUAUGUGAUAACAUGAGCAGUUGCAUCUGUAAAAAAGUUAUAAGUAAAAAAAAAAA